AUGUUCGGACUCCUUCACGGUUACUCGCUGAAAGCAAUGGCGUUAGGUGCAACUGCUGCGGCCAUUGCCACCUACGGCCUGACCCUGACCAUUUACCGAAGCACGUAUAUUUCCUCGUACCGGACUGAAGCCGAUCUAUUCGCCGACGACGACGAGGCUUCUGUAGGCCAACCUCAACUUCUCGUGCUAUCUGCAAAUGAUGAAGCUUCCCUUCGUGCAAGCGCGACGGCGUUGAAGAAUCACCUGACCAACCCCAAUGUGAAGGUUUCGCUGGAAGAUCUUUCACAUACGCUCUCAGAACGUCGGUCGAACCAUUUCAACCGUGGUUACCUUAUCACCGAUAAGGUUUCCAUCAACGAAAGUGCUCUUGUGGUUGGUAAGAAGUCCACCAGUGAACCCCGCGUAGGCUUUAUCUUCACUGGACAGGGAGCUCAGUGGCCCCAGAUGGGUAAAGCCAUGAUCAACACGUUCCCUGAAGCCCGCGACGUCGUCGCAGAGCUUGACAAGUUCCUCCAGAGCAGCUCACUUCCUCCAUCAUGGUCUCUCUUGAGCGAGCUCACCGAGCCACGCGAGGCAGAGCACCUCCGCAAGCCAGAAUUCUCCCAGCCUCUAGUCACUGCUCUCCAGAUCGCCUUGGUUGAUAUCCUUAAAAGAUGGGGAGUACCACCAAAGGGAGUGGUCGGUCAUUCCUCCGGUGAAAUUGCCGCGGCGUAUGCAGCUGGCCUGCUAUCCAAAGAAGCUGCCAUCAGAGCAGCAUACUACCGUGGCCAAGCUGCUGCCUUGGCUGAGAAGAGUAUAGAGGGCCCAGCUCCUCAACUACAGCAGUAUCAGCAAGCUUUUGGUAUGAUGGCUACUGGAGUUGGUGCUGAAGAGAUAACAACUUACCUCCAGGGCUUGGGACAGAGCGUGCAGAUUGCCUGUUACAACAGUCCGAGCAGUCUCACACUCUCCGGUAACGUGAAUGCACUCACCAAGAUGCAGAAGUGGCUGACCGAGGAUAGUAAAUUCGCCCGUAUGCUACAAGUCAAUCUGGCUUACCAUUCGACCUUCAUGGAAGAAAUCAGCCAUGGCUAUACAGAUCUGUUGACCAAGGAUUUUGAACACCUUCCUUUUGAAGAGGGUGCUGUACGAAUGUUCUCAUCUGUGACAGGAGAACAAUUAGCUGGCCUCACGGACUCCGACUACUGGAAGUCGAAUAUGAUCUGCCCUGUCCGCUUCGACGCCGCUCUAUCGAACAUGUUGACAACCAGUGACGCUCCAGACUUCCUCGUCGAGAUUGGUCCUGCUGGUGCUCUAAAGGGCCCAACUUCGCAGGUCUUGAAGAGUCUUGGGGGGAUUAAGGCUCAAUACACUAGCGCCAUGGCUCGUGGUGCAGCAGAUAUGAGGUCCAUUUUCGAAGUCGCUGGAUCCCUUUACGUCGCUGGUGGCAAGGUCGACCUAAACCAGGUUAACAAGGUAGACGGCAUAAAGCCAAAGGUGGUGAUCGACCUACCAAACUAUUCGUGGAACCACUCGACAAAGUACUGGUACGAGAGCGAAGCAUCGAAAGAUUGGCGCAACAGACUCUUUUCACCGCACGACUUGCUUGGAAGCAAGGUCCUCGGCAGCCCAUGGCAAUCGCCAGCGUUCAUGAGAUCUCUGAACGUGCAGGACCUGCUGUGGAUAGCGGACCAUAAGAUGGGCCCCGACACUGUCUUCCCGGCUGCUGGUUACAUCUCCAUGGCGAUCGAGGCUAUUUACCAGAGAUCCGAAGCCCUACACAUCCUCGAAGGCGAGAAGAAGUUUGAGAAACCACGGUACCGUUUGCGGAAUGUGCAAAUCAAGAAAGCGCUCGUAUUGCCAGAUAACCAAUCUAUCCGGAUGUCGCUGACCUUGACUGCCCAUACUGGAGUUGGUGAUUGGUUUGAGUUCAAAGUAUCUUCACUGGCUGGCUCUACCUGGACCGAACACGUCCGUGGCUUGAUCCGAAUCGACAAGGACGUCCCUCAAGUGGCCUCUGCUGAAGACACCAAACCCCUUGAGCAUCCGGUCGAGGCAAGCCUAUGGCACAAGGCUAUGCUCGACGCGGGAUAUAGCUUCGGUCCCAAGUUCCUCAAGCAGCUUCAGAUUGAAGCACGUCCAGGAGCGCGCACCAGCAGAUCAAUCUUAGGGCUAGAGAUCCCUGAGUCCAAGUACCCACAGUCAAAGUACCCCAUGCAUCCUGCCGCCAUGGACGGAUGCUUUCAGACUUGCGCGCCGUCUCUCUGGAAAGGAAAUCGCCAUGCGGUCAACGCUGUUCUUGUUCCUGCGAUGAUCGACAGCCUGAUCAUAACCUCCAGCAAGGCCGACCGUGGUCUCUCGCUGACCUCCGCCGCUUACGUCGGUCUUGGUCGUCCUACCGACAACAAGAACUGCAUGUCCGACGUGAGGGCGUUUGACCUCGACACCGGCAACCUCCUCUUGAGUCUGUCUGGCCUCCGUUACACUAGAAUUGGUACUGGCCCAAGCGUGUACGAUGCUCGCACUUUCAGCGCCCUGGUCUCCAGGCCUGACGUGUCUUUGCUCUCCACCAGGAGUCUGCAAAAACUAGCUGAGAAGAAGCAAGAUGCACAGGACCCUAGUAUUGGCGUAGCAGGCGAGAUAAUCAAACUUGCCGCCCACAAGAAACCCGCUCAGCGUGUUCUCGAACUCAAUUUUGUUCCCGGUGUAAGCCAGAGCGUAUGGGCCAGCUCCGUUGCGGGCCAGGACAUUAUUGGCAAAACCUACCGCCAGUUCGUCUACCGUCUAACAGACCCGAAGGCCCUCGUUGAGGCCGGUCGGCAAUACACAUCUGAAAAGAUGGAGAUCUCCCUAUUAGAUACUGAGAACAUUGUUUCUGCGGUGGAUGAAUUUGAAUUUGUCGUCGUCCGUCUAUCGCCAGCAGCGGCAAACGUCGAGCACGUGGCGAAGCAACUCAAGAAGGUCGUCAAGGAGGCGGGUCAAGUCCUCUUCCUAAGCCACCGCACUCUUCAGAAUAGUGAGGUCAUCGUUAAUGGAGAAGCCGAGAAAUUCGACAACGGCUCGUACGCUGACCUGCUCAAAUCUGCUGGCUUGACCUUCGCCGGCCACUUGGCGUUCGCAGAGAGCAACGAGUUCGCAAGUCUCAGUCUUUCCAGGGCGCAGGCUGAAGACGAUUGCACAAGUAAAGACGUUUCAAUCUAUCAGUUCAUCGAGCCGAGUACGCCGGCACUUAAGGUCGUUGCCGCACUGGAGGCAAACGGUUGGAAUGUUAUCACUUACGGUGCCGACGAGGCCAGCAAAGCUCCCAAGCGCUUGCUAGUGCUCGACAAGCUUGACACAGCAUUACUACCAACCCUGUCAUUUGAGCAUUGGGAAUCAUUGAAGAGUCUGCUUGCUUUAGAUAAGCGCGUCCUCUGGGUGACCAGUGGGUCACAGACCACCAUCUCCAGCCCCGACAAGGCUAUGAUUCAUGGCUUGGGUCGUACUGUUCGUGCCGAGGAUCCUUUAGUUCAAUUAACCACCUUGGACGUCUCCGGGAGUUCGACAGAGGCUACUGUGGAGUCGGUGGAGACCAUUCUCGAGCAAUUGGGCCAGCCCGAGGUAUUCCACCACGUCGAAAGUGAGUAUAUUGAGCGCAACGGCUUGAUUCACAUCAACCAUAUCCAGCCAGAUGACCAAGUCAAUGCUGUCGCAAGCGAGACUUUCCAGGGCUCUGAGCCGAUCAAGCAGUCUCUGCACGAUUCGCCUAACAUGAUCCGCUUGCGAUGCGAGCGUGUUGGAACGACAGACUCUCUCAUCUACUCUGAAGUGGCGCCCUAUGAUAUACCGCUGGAUGACAACAAGGUUGAAGUCGAGGUCUAUGCUGCCGGACUGAACUAUAAGGACGUUGUCAUCACCAUGGGGAUUGUGCCUGAGAACGAACACAUUCUCGGAUUGGAAGGCGCUGGUAUUGUUCGCCGCCUCGGAAAGGAUGUGCACAAUGUUCGCAAGCUUGAGAUCGGGCAACGGGUCCUCGUCUUUAAGAAGGGCGCCUUCUGCAAUCGCGUUCGCGCUGAGGCCGAGCGUGUGUACCCGAUUCCGGACUCCAUGACUUUUGAAGAGACCUGUACUUUAGCAUCUUCUUACUUGACCGGCAUCCACUCUCUCUUCAACCUUGCCGAUACCAAGAAAGGCUCGAAAGUCCUGAUCCAUUCGGCAUCCGGUGGCUUGGGUCUGGCUUGUAUCCAGCUUUGCCAGUACAUCGGCGCUGAGGUCUUCGCCACAUGUGGUAACCAGGAGAAGCGUGAUUUCUUGGUCGAGCAUGCAGGUGUGCCCGCCGAUCGCAUCUUCAGUUCUCGUGAUACCUCGUUUGGAGCAGAGAUCAUGGCAGCUACAAACGGCUAUGGUGUUGACACUAUCAUGAAUUCUUUAACGGGCGACCUUCUCGACGAAUCCUGGCGUUGCAUUGCCGCUGAAGGUACCAUGGUUGAGCUCGGUAAGAGAGAUAUGCUUGACCGCAAGGGCCUGAGCAUGGAGCCUUUCGGCUGCAACGCCUCCUACCGAUGCUUCGACAUGGGUCACGAUAUCGUGUCUGAUGCCAUGAUCAACGACUUGCUCAAAAGGCUCUUUGUUCUCCUCGAGGCUGGCCAUGUCAAACCCGUCCACGUGGCGACGACGUUCGGAUGGGACAAUAUUUCAGGCGCGAUGCGUUACAUGCGUUCUGUAAAUCAUAUUGGUAAGAUUGUCAUCACGAGCGGGGAAGAGCCUGUCCCUGUGCUCGUACGUCCAAGCAGACAGCCGCUUCAGCUCCGAGGUGACGUCGGUUAUCUCUUGAUUGGUGGACUAAAAGGUCUCUGCGGAAGUGUUGCUGUCAACCUAGCUGGUCUCGGUGCAAAGCAUAUUGUCGUUAUGGCCCGAAGCGGCUAUGGCGAUGAAGUGUCUCAGCGCGUGAUUGCGGAUCUUGCUGCUCUGGGCUGCGCUGUUACCCUUGGUCAAGGAGAUGUGUCCAAGGCUGGUGAUGUUCGACGGGUGAUUAAGCAGUCUCCAGUAUCCAUUGGCGGUGUGAUUCAGGGAGCCAUGGUGCUUCGCGAUCGUGUCUUCACAGAUAUGAGCAUCGAAGAGUACCAUACCGCCGUAGAUUGUGUUGUGGGUCAAAAGGGGCAAGCCAACUAUGCCGCUGCCAACGCCUUCUUGGACGCCUUCGCCACCUACCGCCGCAGCCUCGGCCUAGCCGGCAACUCCGUCGACCUAGGCGCUAUUCAAGACGUCGGCUACAUGAGCCACCACGUCGACCUGCUAAAUAACCUCAGCUCCGAUGCCUGGACUCCGAUCAAUGAAGCCCUGAUGCUGAAGAUUGCCGAGUUCUCCCUCAAGCAGCAAAUCACGCCCAUCAGCGAGACCAGUGCUGGCCAGCCCGUCACCUCAAUUGCUGUACCUCAACGUGAGAACUCCAGCCUUCUGCGCGACGCCCGGUUCAACACUCUCAGCUUCAGUGGCGGCGAAGAUGCGGGCGCCAAUAACGACGGCAAGGACGCCGGUCUUCAGGCAUGGCAGCUCCUGCUCAAGAACAAGGCAGCCGUUAGCGCGAUCCUUGAUGCCGCCAUCGAUGUUACCGUGUGUCAAUUUACCACGAUGCUGAGUUUGAGCGAGCCAAUGGAGCCGGCCAAGGCUCCAUCCAGCUACGGAUUGGAUUCCCUCGCUGCAGUCGAGUUUCGGAAUUGGGUGAGGUUAGAGCUUAAGGCGGAAGUGACAACUCUGGACAUCAUUUCUGCCACGAGCCUAGAGCAGCUGGCCCAGAAGAUUGUCGCUCGUUUGACGGUGGCAUAG